CCGUACAUUUGAAGCGGACGUCGUCGAAUACCGAAAAAUGUACCAACUACCCAGCCUGGCGAAAAUGGCGUACUACGCCUGCAAAAACAUUGAACGUGACAAGUUUGACUUGCUGAACACACCGGACAUCGAUUUGCAAAAUUGUUGCGAAUCCCUGUUAGAAUUAUUCAAAGUCGACAAAAACCAAGACGAGUGCAACGAUAGGCAGACAAUGUUCAGUCAGUCCCAGUUCGACAUCAAUGACGAUAUGUUUAAACACAUAUGCGAGAAGGCAGCGUUCAACGGGCACAUCGAUUGCCUGAAACUAGCACACGAGAUAGGCGUCCCUUGGGACACCGUGCCUGGAUGGACCAGUUUCAGAGGUAAGGCGUGUGAUCUGGCGGCGAAAACGGGCAAUCUAGAAUGUCUAAGGUACGCCUUUGAGAACGGGUGUCCCUGGGACGAGGAUACGUGUAGCAGCGCAGCGUCUAACGGUCACCUGGAGUGCCUCACUUACGCACGGGAAAACGGGUGUCCCUGGAACGAGGAUACGUGCAGCAACGCCACGAGGGCUGGUCACCUAGAGUGCCUGAAAUACGCAUGGGAAAACGGGUGCCGCUGGGACAAGUGGACAUGCAGCAACGCAGCGUCUAACGGUCACCUGGAGUGCCUGAAAUACGCACGGGAAAACGGAUGCCGCUGGGACGAGCAGACGUGCAGCAACGCAGCGAUUAACGGUCACCUGGAGUGUCUGAAAUACGCACGGGAAAACGGGUGCCGCUGGGACAAGCGGACGUGCAGCAACGCAGCGUUUAAUGGUCACUUGGAGUGCCUGAAAUACGCACGGGAAAACGGGUGCCCAUGGUCCACGGACACGUGCACCAAUGCCGCAAAAAACGGUCACCUGGAGUGCCUCAUUUACGCACGGGAAAACGGGUGCCGCUGGAACAAGUGGACGUGCAGCAACGCAGCGUCUAACGGUCACCUGGACUGCCUGAAAUACGCACGGGAAAACGGGUGCCGCUGGGACAAGCAGACAUGCAGCAACGCAGCGUCUAACGGUCACCUGGAGUGCCUGAAAUACGCACGGCAAAGCGGGUGCCCGUGGAACGAGGAGACGUGCAACGACGCCGCAUUAAACGGUCACCUGGACUGUCUGGUGUACGCACGAGAAAACCAAUGCCCCUGGGACGAGCGUACGUGCAAAAACGCCGCGAUGAAUGGACACCUAGAGUGCCUGAAAUACGCACGGGAAAACGGGUGCCCGUGGAACCGUACCACGUGUAACUCCGCAGCGUUCAAUGACAGGUUUGACUGCCUGGUGUACUCCUACGAGAGAGGGUGCGACUGGGACUUUAUGCAUUUCUUGGGUAGGUCAAUAUACAGCCACUCGAAAUGCGCUGAAUACGCCCGCGAAAUAUGGUCCCGGGAGCGCAAUGCGUAUCUUCAACAAUGUAACUCAAGUAAUAUCUGAAGUAAUAUCACCGAUUUUUUUUUAACCUUAUAAAAAAAACCUGUAUUUUUAUUAUGAAUUUAU